CCUAGCAACGUCAGUAUCUCGUGUUGAUCUGUCAUUUGUCCUGCUCCGAUUGUUGUGCAGAUAAAGGCGACCGACGACGCCGCUCACACUCGAUUUUAUUACGAUUUUUAAGUGAGAGAUUAUGGCGCGAAAGGACGAUUGAGUGGACGGUGACGCGUGCUUCAUGAAGCUGGAAGGAAGACUCGCUGAGAAAACGCGAGGGGGCUGAGCCCCCGGAUCCGACAUCACGAUUUUCGGCGACAGCCACAAGAUUGCGGGUGGGGGAGGCAGAGGCAUGUUCUGCUACCACUGCCCGCCCGCCUUGCACCCCGGCGCCCCCCAGCCCCGACUACCGACUCUGGAAUACCCAUUCACCCCGACCCACCCUUACACGAGCUACUCCUACCACCCGGCCAUCCACGACGACACCUUCGUCAGGCGGAAGCAGAGGCGGAACCGGACCACCUUCACCCUCCAGCAGCUGGAGGAGCUGGAGAGCGCCUUCGCCCAGACGCACUACCCGGACGUCUUCACCAGGGAGGACCUGGCCAUGAAGAUCAACCUCACCGAGGCCAGGGUCCAGGUGUGGUUCCAAAACCGGAGGGCCAAAUGGCGCAAGGCCGAGCGUCUGAAGGAGGAGCAGCGGAAGCGCGACGGCCAGGACGUGGUGAAGCGCGACCAGGAGGAGACGAAGGAAGAGAAGGUCGAGGAGACGAGCUCCCCGGAGGUGGCGGGCCCGGACGAAGAGCUGGUCCGGGAGUGCUCCAGCCGGAGCAGCGGCCGCGAGACCCCGGAGCAGCGAGUGGCGGAGACGUCCCCGGACCCGGCCUCGCCGCAGAGUCCGGCGGCCUCCGCCUCCUCGGAGCCGCCGCGGCCGGUGCCGCCGCCCUUCUCGCACAUGUUUCCCUUCGGCGACAGCACUGCAGGAUUUCGUCCGGUCCUGGACGGCAACUCCGCCACCAGGAACACGCCGCCCCUGUUCUUCCCGCCCCACCUGGCCUCCCAAUUUUCGCCGCCGCUCUUCCCGACACUAAAAGGUUUCCCCGGCCUCUGCUCCUGCUGCCCCAUCAAGCCGAUGGCGGGCCUGCUGCCAUCUGGCGACGGGUCGCAGAUUUCGCCCGGCGGCGGCGACCAGCGUUCGUCCAGUGUAGCCGAACUAAGGAGGAAAGCGCAGGAGCAUUCCGCCGCCCUCCUGCAGAGUCUCCAGCACGUGGCCAACUUCCAGCAGGCGGCUGGACUCGCCAGCGGCCUCAACUUUCCCCUGCUGCCGCCGUUGACUCUGCAGGCGCUCAACAGGAAACACGAAAUGCCGGAAACGGCCACUAACAGCAAAGAAUCGACGACGUAAUCUGACAGAGGGAGUUGCGAAUUGGCGUACUUAGGAGUUGUAAAUAGUGUACGGAGUGCAAUCUGAACAAACACCAAAUCGUAGCAGGUGGAGAUUAGUUAACGGGAAUAUUUUAGUUGUUUAAGGGCUGAAGGCGGCGUCGGGCGGGUGGUCGGAGUGCAAUAAACGGUACAGUCGAAAAAUUCACAAUUAGAGCUAUUAUGUAUUUUUUUAUUUGCUUAAAAAUGUAUUAUUUUUGCUUCUUAAAAAUUGGAAUAUUGGAGAAUCAAAAAGUGCAAUAACAGAAACAUAUCCACAAAUGUUGACGAGAAAAUUGCACAAGUUGGAAAUUAUAAAAACUUAGAAAAGCAAAAACUACUUUUCUAUUUAACUCUCGAGUAAAAUCUCGAGUAAAAAAAAUUAAUACGGAAAACACUUUUGGCUUUUGACACGAACUUUUCAUGAAAAAAGUAAAAACCAAGCGCCUUCGCCUAAAUUAUUUACUUUACGAAAAAAUAAUUAGUACCUACAUAAAUCAAGUCCGUUACAAAUGUGAUUGUUCUUGAAGAAUAAAACUUUUUUUAUACCUUAUAACUACGACGAUUUUUUUGGUUAAAAAUUAUAAUGACUUCUAAUUCUAUAACGAAAAUAAGCAAUAAAAUAAGAUGCAAUUUUAAGCAAAAUAUUCAUAAAAAACGCAGGAAAACUGAAAAUAUGCCUAAAAAUAUAAUCAAAAUUUUUCGCGAAAGCAGUGAUAUUCAAAACAAAAUUUAUUUCUCAAAUGUUUAACAAAAACAAAAAUUUACGAAAAAAUUAAUUAAGUAAUUGGAAGUACCUACUUUAAAAAUGGAAACAUUUUUCAAGAAUUUUUUUUUUCGAAAUCUAUUUACGUUUGCAAGUUAUUAAUUUUUUUAUGGCAAUUACUACUAUGGCAAUUUUUUGGUAAGAGAUUAAUCUCCAAAAACGACUUUUAAUUCAAUAAUAUUGUUCCUAAACCAGUGUUUUUUUUAAUUAAAUUACUAAAGUUGCAAUCCGAAAAACGCCAAAUUAGCAAAUAUAAGCAUUUAAAAUUAUUAUUUCCGUUUAUUUGGAAUAGAAAAGCUUCGUUUAUCUAUAACCACAAAAAAGGUACGCUACACAUUAAAAUAAUGGACUUUGAAAUCAUAAAUACUGAUAUUAAUAUUACAAAAAUUGGAAAUAAUGUAAUGCUAUUAUCAAAUUUUUCAAAAAGAAUUUUAAGAAAAUAGUUUCUUUGGUUUUUGUAAUGAGUUAAAAUUACCAUUUUAAAAGUACAGCAACAUUUAGCAACAGGUCAUUUCUUGUUUUUAAUUUCAGUCUUUGCUUACGACACGAAAGUCUUUGUGAAUUUUUUAUCGAAAAUAUUAUUUUGUAUAACUCUAUCUAACGUCUCUUAAAUACCUUUCCGCUACUUUUGACACACCUGAUAAAAUCAGGGGUCAUUUUUAAAGUACCUACCUUAAAAAAAUCGUUGUACCUAGAAGAUUCCAAAAAAAAAAAUUUAUACCUAACUCGAAAACCAAAAUUUUAUUCUUCAUUGUAUUAGCUAUUUUUUCAUAGAGUAACUAGUCUAGACAAAAAACGCUAGAUACCAUUUUUGCCCAACCCUGUAGGUAUACGAGGAAAAAUAAUUGGAAAGAGAACUUUUAUUUUUAGCACUUCCCACAUUUUUGUCUUUGUUUGUUCAGUAAAAUUAAAUAUUAUGUACCUCUGUUUACCGACCCCCUGUAUUACAGGCCUGUGUAGUAGUAGGAUGAAUAAAUAUAAAAAUAUUCUCAGGACUGAAGUGUACAUUACGUUUUUUCUGAAAUCGCGGUUUUUCAGUCGUAUAAAAAAUGGUAUGCAAGCUACAAACAUGCCCACUUUACGAAAGAUAAUAAUGAGUAUUAUAGUACUAUUAUUUUUGUUAUGGGUCCGGAAAAGUUCUACUUCAAGGGGUGUUUUCAGUUAAUUUUUUUGACGAUUUCAGAAAAAAAUACUUUGUAGGUCAGCUAAAAAAAAAUGAAAUCGUUGUCCGCCUGACGCCCCUCGCCCCCUUGUAAGCAAUAGUUGUACAUAUAGUUGUAGAAUAGCGACUUGUUACCGGAAUAUUGUGAUGUGAUCUAGUAUUAUAGCCAUUAUACCGAACCUGUGUACCAUUCGGCCUUCCGGGGCCCUCUCUGUAAAUCCACCAAGCAACCAUGUAUAAACGAUAUAGUGUGUUCAAUAAAGCAACCUAUAACCGA